AGGAUAUCGACCGCCUUUUGCGUUUGCGACACUACUGUUACAGGUUCAAGGCUGAGGCACUUCAAUCGCGCCAUCCCCACACAGACCGCCCAAACCUUCCCAGACCAGCAACCAGAGAGCGAACUGCGGGACUUCUGCAGCAGACUCCAAAAAGACGGUGUCGAAACAAACAGGAAAUACGACAGGCGAUAAGAGAUGGUUUGCUGAGUUGGGCAGGACAUAGCCUCAUCGCCAAACCUGUCUUUCCAUGUACACUUAGGAAGGGCUCUCCUCUCCUCAUACCAGGCGAGCAAGUCAUCAUGGGUGGCGGGCAAAGAUUUCAGGUUCUGGGCUCAUUGAGAAGGGGCAAAUCCACUGCACAGAAGCAGGAACGGAAACCGGACGGAAAGGAAAACAAAGCACAACAUAUACUGGGUCUCAGCGAAGCGGCACUCGACACAGCGCGCGCUCAGAGCAUCAGCUCUUCGAAUACGGCAGGAGUUCCAGCGUUGUCGCUCUCAGAUGCCACGACCGAAUUCGGCUCGUCCACGGCCUCUACAGAACGCCCUGAAACGACCCCAGAGCUCAAGCUGAAAGCAUCAUCUGUGUUGUUGCAUGAAGAAUUCUGCAAUAACGCAGAAACCGGAAACCUCGCUUUCUCACGGCGGCUAACACCCCACGGGUCGUCUUCCACACUGAACUCUCAUUACGAUGCCCAGACACUGCCCUCGUCCAUUUCACAGCAAACAUCUGAAUCAUCCAGGAGAGACUUCGCCCUCCGCAAAGGCUCACCACAUGUGAUCAAUUCCACCACGCCAAAUAAAGAUUCACAACGGCAAACGCGACUCCUCAAAAAGCCUAAGAAAGCCUCAAAGACGGAGGAGAACAAGCCAUCAAAGCUGAGCCUUCGCUCACCUGAUUCUCCUGCACGAUCUAUAUUCGGUAACCAGCGAUCCACCGCGUUCUCAGAGGUUGGUUGGAAGUCAACACCAGCGCUAUCCACACAGGUGUCACUCUCUAAGGAUGAACGCCAGCACGAAAACCCCCCUCGAUCUAGCCAUGCGAUGACCUCCACCACCAAUAGCCCUCAUAAGCCCACAACAUCCGCAAAGCGGAUAAAGUCCCAAGCUGACACAUCUCACAUUAAAGUCAAUGUUCGACGGCCCAAGGUCGGAGUAAAACAUUGGUUCGACGGAUUCGAGUGCGAUAGCAGCGAAGACGAGGCCAUCGACGAGCCUGAACUAGAUGAAAGUUUUGUCACUGGAAUGGAGGCUGCUUUCGAGAACGGCAAGAUAGGGCUGCUGUCAAAGGCAUGUGAUGCUGACGAAACCUAUACCCCAAAAGGCUUGAAUGGAGACUCUGAGCGAGAUCUUCCCAAGGUGUCGCGUCCGGCUUCCAAAAAGCCAAUGCUGGCACCCGAUGCUAUUCCACCACGUGUUUCGACAUUAAAUGCCAAAUCUUCCAAAUCGACGCUCUCACAACCGAACCCGCAGCAUCUUUCUACAACUUCGACGAAAGCCAAGGCCAAUUCUCUGGCUGCGAAUGACUUACACCAUACGAGUGUCCUUGACCUUUCAUCUUCGGAUGACGAUGAACCCGACCAACCUGAAGCAGAAACAAGUCAGGAGACUUUGCCUCAGCUGCGAGAUAGCAUCGCGGUCGAGUCUCUGAUCGACUCGGACAUCGUCAUUGGAACGGCGAAAACUGUCGACACGAAACAAAAUGCAUCCAUACAAGCCACUCCGAGUUUGAAACGCGUCCGCCACAAUCACCCUAGAACAGCUCCGAGACCGUCCAUCGAACGUCCUCAUGAGAGAGGACCUCAUGACCGGGCCACGUAUCUUAGCGAUCAGUCGUCAGAGACAACCCCAGAAGAAGCUGAUCUGCUUACAUCAUUUCCUCCAACCCCUACGGACAUGCCGUCAUCAGCACGUACCUCGAUUCUAGGCUCCCGCUUCUCGGACAACCUAAGCAUAGAGAGCACGAGGCUAGUCAGCGUCACCAAACACGAAGAAUCGUUGUUGACGGCAAUGAGACUGAGGAAGGCAUUGAAUCAAGUCAACGGAAGCAGGAUUGACCCACGGAUGCAAGCACUCAGAGGCUCGGGGAAGGAUCCCACAAAACAAACACGGCAACCACAAGAGUCGUGCGUCGUGCCCAAAGAGGCAAUGCACCCGCGAACGCGCAGUCCAGACAUGAGGGGACAUAUUUACGCGGACGUUGUGUCGGACGGAUCUUCUAUCACAACAUUUCAGACCAACAGAUCAAUCGAACAGAGCACCAGCUUUUCUUUCGCAAGUUUUCGAUCUGACAGUUCAGUGGCUCUUGAAGACAGCCUCUUUCUUAAGGUCUCACCGAACCUUCUGGCGACCGCAAAUGGUACCAGUCGCCUAAGCCGGGCAACAUUUCUCUCCACGUCAACAGACAAUUCGAGGGAGGCAUCGCGCACCCGGCGAGAAAAGAAUUAUAGGAGGACGCUUGAGAAGCUGUCCUCCGUACCGGAUCGGGACGACAUUUCUUCACAAGACUUCAUUGAUUGGCCAUAUCACGGGUGGGAGGCCAGGACGGCGCUCACAGCGGCCCAUUGAUCAUCAUCAAUUUGUAUUUGUUCCUUUUGUUCACCGAUUGACCGGCUCCUGGAGUGAGAGAGCCGAGAACAGGCCGGCACGUUUCCUGACUGUACUAUAAUAUAUUUUUCUUCAUACUGAUGAGUGACGACGAGGAGGUUGGAUUCCAGUGACUGGAUCGGUUGA